ACAUGCUCUCUCUUUCCAGGGGCGGCGACAAAGGGGGGCUUAGGAGCUUGCCCCCCUAAUAUAUUUCGCCCACUUAGAAAUACACUUUGCCCCUUCUGCCCCCCCCCGAAUUUUUUUUGAUGCCGAUUCUGGUGUCUUUUUGAGGCUGCACUCGUGCACAUUAACAAGGAAGUGAGCCCAUUGAACACCGCAGAAUUGACUUCUUUGAGUAAACAUACUGGGCUGUAAUGCUGCAGGACUAAACACACUUAUCAAGUGAGGUUUUGGCCUCCUCAGUUGUGAAUAGUAUGACCCAGGCUUUUGGAAAGCUGCUAGACCUAUGGAAUGAAAUAGGUAUCAGCAGAGAACUGCAGCUGGAGCGCAUGCAGACAGCAAAGGCACACAUUGAGGCUCUGUUGAAUGAAAUGAUUGAGGAAGAAUGUAAUUGGAAAGAAAAAAUUGAAAAUGACAUUGAAGUGCAGAAGACCCAGUUGAAUGCAAUCAGAUAUGAACUCAAGCUGGACCCCUACCAGGUUGAUGAUGGUUUAUCCAUCAUCCAGUUAGAGAAAGAGUUUCGUCUGGCUUUAGAAAAUGCUCUUAAAGAAAAACAAGAAAGGCUGAAGAAGUUGAAGCAGCUGCAGCAGGACGAUCAGACACUUUGUACAGAGCUCUGUGCUACCCCAUACUACAUACCUACUGGCAGUGUUCCAAGUUGUUUCGAGCUAGAAGAACUGAAAGAACAUGUUCAGCAGCUCUUGAAAAUAAAGGAAGAAAGGUUGGAAGAGUUUCUUAAAUUGAGGAGAGAAAUCAAACGGUAUAAUAAAGAAAUUGGGCAUAUACCGGAUGGGACGUUGGAAAAGGAUAUAUUAAGUGAUGAAGAAGAAUGUAUUUGCCUCACAAAGAAGAACAUUGAGGAUCUGCAACUGCUUGUUCAUCAGUUGCAGGCCAAGCAAGACUUUCUGAUUGCCAGCAAGGAGGAUCUGGUGAAAGAGGUGCAACGUUUGUGGGACCAACUUCAAUGGCCAGGAGAAAAGCAAGAGCAGCUCACAAAAAUGACAAGCAAAUGUUCCAUCACUGAAGCAGUAAAGAUGUGGGAAGAGGAGUUGUUUAACCUGGAAGAGCUGAAGAAAGCGAGUUUAAAAGAAAUUACUUUGAAAGUCAGGCAAGAGCUUGAGAAUUAUUGGAAAAAAUGUUUUUAUGCUGAUGAACAAAGAUCUACAUUUCAGGCCUUUUAUAAUGACAAUUUCUCAGAAGUACUGCUGAAUCAACAUGAUGAAGAACUUCUGAAAAUGAAAGAUGUUUAUGAGAAAAGCAAGCAUAUAUAUGAUAGUGUUCACAAAUGGGAAGCAAUCUGGAAUCAGUUUAUUGAACUGGAGAAAAAAUCAACAGAUCCAAGUAGACUUCUAAACAGAGGGGGUAACUUACUCAAAGAUGAAAGGGAAAGAUCAAAGAUUCAAAAGCAAUUGUUAAAGUUGGGAGAAGAACUGACGAAAAGUAUUGCAAACUGGGAGAAGGAAAAUGACUCGUGCUUCCUUAUUAAUAGCCAGAGGUUUCUGGACUCCAUGGCCCAUCAACUGGAACAUCACAAAGUUAAAAAAGACCAACCUAAAUUUUCAUUGAGGAUGAAUGAAUCUGCAACUCCCAAAAGAGCUGUUAAAAGACCUGCAGCCGUGAACACUCCAACUCCUAGCAAGAUGCGCAAGGUAGCCUCUAACCUAACUGUACUGAAAGCAACCAGCUGCAUUAACAUAGGAGCGAACGUUGCUGUUGCUGGCAAACAGUCAGUUCAAACAAAGACUCCUUCCAAAAGAACACCUCUAGAUUCUCUGUAUCAAACACCAUUAGAAGAGUGCAAGGGAAGCAAAUCAACCAUCCAACCUAGCUAUUCAGAUUUUGUGAAAGAACUUUCUGUGCAAAGCAGCAACAGCAGGAUUCUCAGUUCUACAUUCAAGGAGAAUUUAAAUGAAUGAGCCCAUCAGGAUUUCAGCUGAUACAAGGCUCAUUGAAGAAAGGGCAGUAUUAAAAAAUAUAUACAUUCCGGACAGCUCUUGCAAGAUAUCAAUACCUUUGUUUGUUUAAAUCACGGUGUCCCUAUUACAGCAAUGUAUACCAUCAAAUGUUUGGAGUAUGACCUAUGAGAAGAAAGGACAUUGUCUUUAAAGGUGUUUAGCAAAUGCUUGCACGGGAGUCAUGGUAAAGGGCAGAGAAUAUUCUUGACGUACGAUAUCAAGGUGGAACCUUGUGUUCUGAAUGUUGAAACUUCUGACUUGCUAAAUCAUGUCAUGCAUAUUUGCCUAAGUCAUGCAUUAUUAUGUUGUCUAGCGGUGUGUUGUAAAUGUCUUCAUUUUAAAUUAUAAAAUGCAUUUUCCUCGUUAAAUUUAAAAAAAAUAAAAAGUUUUGUUUAACAAGUA